GUACCGAUUCAAUCACAAACAGAAAAUAAAAAUAUAAUGUCAGACGCAGAAGCAAGAGAAGCAUUCGCUUUAUUCGAUAAACGUGGUACUGGAAAAAUACCCUCAGGCCAACUUGGCGACCUUUUAAGAGCUUUAGGUCAAAACCCAACUCAAGCUGAAGUUGAAUCACUCCGUAGUUCAGCCCCAUCAGAGCUCGAUUACAAAACAUUCCUUACUAUUCUUCAACGUCCAGAUGGUUUCAAACCUGCUGGUGAACUCGAAGAUUUCGUAAGAGGUUUCCAAGUUUUCGAUAAAGAUGGUUCCGGUGUUAUCGGUGCAGGUGAACUCAGAUACGUUCUUACUAACCUCGGUGAGAAAAUGUCAGAUGCUGAAGUUGAUGAAUUGUUAAAAGGUGUCCCAAUUUCAUCCGAUGGAAACAUAAAUUACCGUGAUUUUGCAGCACACAUCCUCGGCGCCUAAAUUAAAUAUUCCCUGUUUUUCUAUUGAAAUGAAUCUAAAACUUAAAAAGAAAAAAAAGAACGAAAGCGUAUAUAUUUCCAUAUUAGUUGGUUUAUCAUAAGCUAAGGGUAAUUAAAAAGUGUCUGCAGGAAAUAUACAUCCGUUUAC